AUGUCGCCGGAAAAAAGCAAUCCAUCUUGUUCUUGUUCUCCUUGGCUGAUGCUGCAACCCGUAUAUGAAGCCGGCGCCACCUGCUCGGCCGCCACCACGUUGACUUACAAAUUCUACAACCUGGCCGAGAACAGGCGCAAAACCUGCGAUCUGUUACUCUACAACCCCAUAUCCCGCCGCCGCAUAAAGCUCCCACCUUUCUACGGCCAGCAUGAUUAUCUACGUCUCCUUAAGUGUUUCCUGAUCCCUUCCUCUCCCGACACUGAAAAAUGUGUGGCCGUGAGCCUAAUCUACUAUGCGAAUUCCAUGGCUGUGUGCUGCCCCUUCUCCAGUGACAACUGGACCUGGUUCGGCGCAAAUUCCAAAAACAGCAAUUAUUAUAUAGAUUGCGUCUACUCCACAACCCAACACACACUCUUUGCCCUCACGGCCGAUACUUAUCAAUUGGAGGCUUGGGACUUUACUGCUUCACCCCCGGAAUUGAUACGAAUUAUGGGUGAGUUUAGAAGUAUCCUCGAGAAAAAAGAGAAUUUGACGAAGAAGGAGUUGUUACAGUCGAAAGAUGACUUGACAUGUUGGCAUUGUUACUAUCUGGUGGUUGCCGGAGAGGAUCUCCUGGUGGUGACUCAGUACAUCAUGCUAUCCGUUGACUCGGAUGGUUUGUAUGUGGACUACGAGUGGGAUGAUUUGGAGAGACCACGUUUUGAGCUCCCGACCGUGACUAUUGAUUUUGAUGUUCAUAGAUAUGAUCCGGAGGAUGGGGAUCUCAAGUAUGUGGAAGGUUCGUGCUUGGGUGGUUGGGCUCUUUUCGUUGGUACCCACAGCCAUUCUGUUGCGUUGCAUGCGCCUGAGCUCAAGCCCAACUCAAUUUACUUUACGGAUCCUUUAGCAACAUAUAGGCAUCAAGGUAACCAUGACAUUGGCAUUUUCAGUUAUGAGGACAAGACUGUGUCACCAUGCUAUUAUCCAUGCGACCCUCCCAACCUAAAACCGAUUUUCCCACCGCCCAUCUGGUUUUUCCCAAGCAGCUUCUGA